UCCUUUUACUAGACUCAUCGGUGUGAACUCCCACUGUAAAGCUCCUCGUGACCACUAGAUGGCGGUAUCGUAAAACUGUGAGCCCUCCAACCGUGAAUCAGAGCACAAGUCCACGCGCUGUACCCACACUGCACCUGUCUUCACAUCAAUACCGCAGGUGGAUUCCACUACUUUGAGUUAUAUUAAGCUGUUCAGCCUCAGCAUCAUGUAGAUUGGAGAAAUUGUGUCUCUGUGCACUGUCUAUGCUUCAUCUCCCAUGGUAACAUUAAAAAUAUUAAUAAGAGAAACAAUCUGCAGUUUGAAGUUUGGCUGCUUUGGUCGCUGGUAUGUGUCGGAUUAACCAAUGGAAAAGUACCGAAGGCUACGGAAUUCAGUGCCUCCUCCCUCCUCCAAAUCACCCUCGCUUCCCCUCCCCACCGCUCCCCCCACCGUGGCGUCCUCCCCGAGAGAGACGGUGAGCCCCAUUAUAGUCUCAAAGCUCCGCGGGUCCCGGGCUGGUGCGUCCCGUUGCGCACAGCACGCCAACACAGCACACUUCACCAAAGCGCGCUCCGGAUUCCUCCAGAACCUCAGGACGGCUGGUUCGGAAAGAUAUCUCCAACUUUAACGACUCAACAUGUUUGGAUAACGUGGGGUCGGUGACAGGAAGACUUUGGGGAGUUGAGCAACAGCAGGAACAAGGACGGGUCUUGCCCCCCCCCCCCCCUUCCCUCCUCCACCCCGAGCAGUUUUGCGCAAGGUGAUACAGCAGAGGAUUGUGCUGUGGCUGAUUGAUCGGACGGGUGUAUUACAUGGAUUUCUUCAGCAGCCGGCUCUUGUGGUGUUACUUAUCACACUUUGAGCUCUAGGAAGUUGCCCCCCCCCCCCCCCCUUCUCUUCAACAUCCCUCCCAAACUUCAGCCAGUGGAUCAUUUUGAGAGCGGCAGGAUGGGAUCGCAGACCGGGGCAGCUCUGCACAAACAGACGCUUCUGUGGUUCAUUGUAGUAUCUCAAUGUGCUUCAGCACUGGGAUGCGGACCCCACUACGAAUACGCCAUUGAGGAGUUCUGCCUGGCCAAAUUCAGACUGGACAUGCAAGAGCUGGAUCAGGGACACUGGUGCAACUGGGAGGACACCGUCGAGCUCUACGGUGACCUGACCAACUGCACGUACCUGGUGGCGCUGAAGAUGGAGUGCUUCUGGCCGAACAGGCUGGUGGACGAGUUCUUCAUCCGAGUGCACAAGCAGUACUUCCACGACUGCUCGCUGUCUGGACGGCUUCUCAGGGACCCGCCCAACCGCAUCCUGGGUCCCUUCAUCGUAGUGCCCAUCCUGGUCACCCUUCUCAUGACGGCCCUGGUGGUGUGGAGGAGCAAGCGCAGCGAGGGGAUUAUGUAGUGAAGGGAAGGAGGGGGGGCCGGGGUCACAAAACUCAAGACAAGAGGUAUUUUUUGUCCCUAAGGUCGCACCAUUCUCACCUUCAGUGACCAAAGGAUCUUUUCCUGAGUGUUUAAUAUCUGGGGACUGGAAUCACUACAUCAUGGACCUGGAGGAAGAACUGAAUGAGAUAAAUUUAACAUCAGAUCUUACUUCAGUGCUUCAGCGCAUCUACACCAAUAUGAAGCCUUUGCAGCUCAAUCUACCAUGGAUUAAAAUCAUUUCUUUUUUACAGAGCAAAGAGGAGCUGAACUGCUCACCUGAAUCUAAUCUCCACCAGAAUAGACACUGCUGGAAAGAUAUUAUAAAUAUAAGAAUCACUUUAUUUGAGAGAAACUGCUUCAAAGAAUUUUGGAUGUGACGACAGUACUACUACAAAAUGCAAGAAUAUAACAACUAUUUUUGGAGAUUAUUAUCUACUACAGCAAACAGCUCCACAGGAACAAAACGCAGAGCUUUCUCUGGAGCUUUGUUUUACACUACGACAAGGAUACAACAGGACAGGUACUCCAACCUCUUUUAAGGAACCCAGGGAUAUCAGAUUGUAUAUACAUGUACUGUAAAUAUACACAGUAUGCACUGUACAAUAUGAGAUUAAUCUGUCAGUGGAUUGUCGGAAUGUCUUUGUGACAAAAUCAAGACAACAAACAAACCAUAGUACACUAAGUUAAUUUCUCUCAGAUGCAAAUUUUGUGUUACUCUGUGAUGCAAAGUUAUCUCAUUUUAACAGAUGUGUACCACAAGCUGAACUAGUUUUCAUUUCCUCUGCUCAUAUCAGACACCCUGGCCUCAUCUGUUGGCAACAGCUCAGCUUCUUUCCUGAUUGAUAAAUGAAGAUAUGUUUCAUUGGCAUAUUUCACUCUGGACCAGCUGAAAGAAAUACAGGAGAUAACAAUGUCACAUACUGAAGAUUGGCACAUGUGCUGUACAGUUAACCGAUGCACAGAGACUGUGACUGCACAAAGGUCGAGCCCCCAAUUUGGACAGGCUAUGACGAUGACAUGUUCUGCAGCUUCCAUCCUCCAUCACCAAGGAAACUAAAAUGAAGAAAUGUCACACUGUGGAACUGGUUGUGAAGGAAGGCUUUUGAAGGCCAACAUGCACAGCUCAAAGUCUGGGGACUGCAGACUGUUAAUUCACCAAAAAUUCUUACAUUCUGUCUCAUAUUUCACCCUCAAACUCCUCAGUUACCACAGCGAUUUGCAUCCAGUUGAGUCAGUUAUGUAGAAAGAAUGAAAAGGAGAACAAAGAGUGAGAAACUCACAGUGGAAAAAUCACAAUUCUAACUAAAGAGAGAACAUAAAGCAAUGGAUUAAAUCAGCCAACGCACAUCGCUGCUGAAUGUUGCCAUAGCCUAAAGCACAGUUUGUGUAUCAUAGACCUUAGGUUUCUAUUGAUUUAUGAUCUCUCUGUGUGGUAAAGUGUGCCGUGUGAACUGUUUCCUCAUUGAUAUUUUUGAAUGCUCUCUUUCCUUUAUAGAUUCAUUGACCUGUAACCUGCCUGUCAGCAAAACACACUUUAAAACACACCCACACUUCCCCAACAUGAUCUUACUUUGUACUUUGUGCCAAAAGCUUUUUGAAAAUAGAUGGCAACAUUUGCUAUGAAAUGUCUAAAAACAUUUUUUGGUGGCGUGACUUCUAAUGAUUGAAUUUCAAAAUCUAUGAUCAUGAAGAAAAGUUCAAUAAAAUGUCUGAUUCAUGUGUCUGGUAAA